UUCCCACCAACCCACCGCCAAUAUGUAGAUUACCAAAGCUGCUGCGAGCUGAUUGGUCUCUAUCUGUCUGGGUUAAGUAAUGGUUGUGGAGGAAAUAUGUGUUUGUGCUUCUGUAAUCAUUUCCAGUCUUGGACUCGCAUUCUGUAAUGAUGCGAGCAACCGUCCCAUUGAUGGUGAUCACUGCCGCUCUGAUAGCUUAUUAUGUGUAUAUUCCAAUUCCCAGCACGGUUUCCGAACCCUGGAAACUGAUGCUGUUGGAUGCGACGUUUCGAGGAGUACAGGAUAUGUGUCAUCUGGCGCAGCAGAUGGGACUUGGUCACCACCUAAAGGCUCUGAAUUUUGUCAUUACCGUGUUUGAGAUGCUUGCCCCUCAAUCAAGUGAAACAGUUGAAGUUACGGAUACGUCGUUUGAUGGAGUACAAGUCAGAGUAUUUGAACCCAAGAAGAAGGUUGACGGUGAACUAAAGCGAAGCAUUAUUUACAUACACGGUGGAGGUUGGGCUUUAGGAAGUGCAAGAAUGCGAUCAUAUGAUCACCUUUGUCGGAAGAUGGCAAAAGAUAUGAAUGCUGUUCUUGUCUCUAUCGAAUACCGUCUUGUCCCAGAAGUUCAUUUCCCUGAGCAGUUUAAUGAUGCUUACAGUGCCACCAAGCAUUUCCUACAGCCUGAGAUUUUGUCCCAGUAUUCAGUGGAUCCAAAUCGAAUUGCAGUAUCUGGUGACAGUGCUGGAGGAAACUUAGCUGCUGCUGUAACUCAGCAGCUUGUUGUAGACAGCAGCAUCAACAUCCAACUCAAGCUUCAAGCUCUUAUAUAUCCAGUACUUCAGGCUCUUGACUUCAAUACUCCUUCCUACCAACAGAAUGUGGCUACACCUAUCCUAUACAAACAUGUUAUGGCCCGUUUUUGGCUAGAGUACCUGAAUGGUGACCCAAGUUUUGUCCAGGCAAUGUUGGUCAACAACCACACAGCUUCAAACCUUAGUCAGUUGACUUCUAUCCGUGCUCACUUAAACUGGACAAACCUUCUACCACAAUCCUUUAUUAAAAACUACAAACCUGUUAUCCAGGUAAUGGGAAGUCCACAGGUUAUAAAGGCAUUGCCAGCAUUACUGGACCCGAGAGCAGCUCCAUUAAUUGCAGAUAAAGAAAUCCUACAGUUAUUACCAAGAGCCUACAUCCUGACCUGCGAACAUGAUAUUCUAAGAGACGAUGGAAUAAUGUAUGCAAAGCGUUUAGAAGAUGCUGGAAUAGAAGUGACUGUUGACCAUUAUGAAGAUGGGUUUCAUGGUGCCAUGAUAUUUGCACUUCCACCUACCAACUUUGAUGUGGGAAACAGGAUCAUGAACAAUUAUAUAAACUGGUUGGACAAAAAUUUGUAAACCUUUAUCUGGGGUUGGGAAGUUGCAAUAGUAAAUGUUAACUGCAAGACUUUCUUUUAAAGUAAACCUACAUAUUUAUGCAAUGCAAUGCAAGAAACCAAUGCAGAUUUGUAUUCUAGAACUACCAAAAGUCUUGUCGGGAUUGAUCAGAUUACAAUGUAUAUUCUCUGUGCUGCUACAGAACUUGUGUAAUAUAGGCUAAAAUAGCUUUGUUAGCCCUUGACAACAUAGCAUGGAGCUGGAGGAACACAGCAGGUCAGGCAGCAUCGAAGGAGCAGGAAAGUUGUCCCUCCAGCUCCAUACUGUGUCGUCUCAGACUCUAGUAUCUGCAGUUCUUGCUGUCUCUUUGUUCGCUCUUAGUAAGGUUUUGAAUAAUAAUCAAGUAGUACUGCUUGGUAUCUCAUAUACUAAGGUUUGCGUGUGUGUAACGAAAUAUUCAUUAGGUCAGCAAUGCUUUGCGAUAAUCUUCAUUGUUAAUGAUCAGUGAGAGUAUAGAGAUAAAAACCAAAAGAACUGUGGAUGCUGUAAAUCAGGCACAAAAAUAAAGUUGCUGGAAAAGCUCAGCAGGUCUAGCAGCAUUUGUAAAGGAAAAAACGAGAGUUAAUGUUUCUGGUCCGGUGACCUGUUCUGAGGAAGGGUGCCCGGACCCGAAACGUUAACUGUUUUUUCCUUCACAGAGGCUGCUAGACCUGUUGAGCUUUCACAGUAUAGAGAUACAUUGAUAUGUACACUUGAAUAAUAUAAAAUAAUCAAACCAGAUACUUAUUUGAAAUGCUGGAACUGCAGUAGAACUCCCACAAAAUCCAAUUUAAUGGGCUCAAAAAAAUUAUUAAAUUUCAAAAUUUGAAAAGAACCGUCCUGACACGUACCAGAUGAAAAUUUACUUGUUUUUCAGUACAAAAUCCACCAAUUAUGUUGAAUAGCUACUAAUUGAAGUUAUAGAUUAUGAUAAAUCUGCACUUUUUUUUUCAACUGCCAAAAUUGCUCAUCUCCUUAUCAACAAUCUGUACAGUGUCUGGUAGAGACAACAUUUGCCUGGUCUGUCUCGUCUAGUAAGUUGACAUCCACAUUUUAAGGAUCUUUAACUGUAGUGGAAUCACCACUAUUUUUAUUGAUUAAUAUGCUGUAAUGGCAAUUAAAAGCUUUCCAAAAAGAAAAUUUCCCCAAAAAUUGAGCAAAAUUAUUAUCUUGAAAUUAUGCAAUGUUUCAACUGGCUUAAAAACCACUGAAAGUGCACUAUUUUGUUCUUGUCACCUAAACUGCCCAGUGAGAUUAGUGCUUUGAAAUCACUUUUUGUUCAAUAUCCUCUAUUUUUCAACUUUUUCCAUCAGCUUAUACAAUGUUUGUUUUUUUUCUUGGCAAUAUUUGAAAUGGGUCUAUCAGGACUGUAUUACAGACUAUAUUACAGUAUUCAAUGAUUUUACUUUGUCUAAAAUCAGUAUAUUUAGCAAUGUAUUGUGAGAUUGUUCUAAAUUGUUUUGUACUACUCUUUUGAUCAUGCUAAUAUGCUAUUUUAAAAAGGAUCAAUUAAUUUGCUGUUUAGAAAAAUGUUCGUAUUGUUAAUUGCUUGGUAAAACAUAACAGUAGUCCUAUCCCCGUGGGCUUUGAUUGGGUGCAAGUUCUUUUUGUUUGAUACUCCUCGUGGGCCUUCUUGGUGGCAAUGGAUGCCCCAUGACAGUGGCGCCAUCUGUGCCUCAUGCAUGUAAAAGAUCACUGAAUGGUUAAUGUAAGUGCUGCAGUUAAUGUAACUGAAAACCUCCACUAUAUAAAGUUUAUUAUUUACUCCUACGGAGACUAACUCCUAUAAAGCUUAAAACCGAUUUGGUACAGUUCUUGCCCAUUUAACCACUUUCUUUACCCUCCAUAUCAUUUCCUCACCUUCUAAAAGUAGUGACUCAUGCCAGUGUUAACAGUAACAACAGUCAAGGUGAUCAUUUCCCCAUAUCAUGGAUAUCCAUAAGCUACUUGCUCGUAUCUAGGAAGCAGGGGCCUAAAUGCUUUGAUUAUUUUUGAUUUAAUUCAAUUGUGGUAUCUUCCUUGACAUUAAAGCUCACGAUCAUAAUAUGAGCAAUCUGCUGAGUCAGCAUAGUUUGUCUCGGCAGUUUUAAAUCAACUUUUAAUUGUCACUUUAAUUACACGUCAGUAUAUUGAAACUGAUUGAAACUGAUUAAAACCAGUCACAGAAAUAGAAAUUGCUGGAGAAAGACUGCAGGUCUGGGGGUAUCAGUGGAGAAAUGAAAAACAGUUAACAUUUUGAGUCCAGUUACCCUUCAUCAGAACGGUAUUUUCAAAAAGACGUAAAUGUUGGUUUUAGCAGUUAGGCUUCUGCCAAAACAACCUUGGGUGUGGUAAAUCCCUAAAUUAGAAUUAUACUUUGUUCAGAAUUCCUAGUUUUGGCAUCUAAUACUUUCCCUUUAGGAUGGGAUUACAUUGAGAAACGUGACUUAUGGACAAGUACCAAACUCAGUGGCUGACAAUAAAACAAUGUUACAGUGCUAAAUUUGACCAGUUUGGUUGGAAAAAAUUUGAUUACCUCUGUAAAUUGCAUUUACAUUUUAAAGAAAUCUCUGUAUACAUAAUGAUUUAUCUGUUUAAUGUAAUUGUUUACAUUUGUACCAACCAGUGCUUGUACGCUGACAUUCAGGAGCAGAGUAAUGAAUAGAACUAUUCACGUACAGCAAUGAAAUUUUUGUUUUAUUUGUUUAACUACUAGGUGGAAAAAAAAUUAAAACAAUUAUUUUAAAUAAAUAUAGAAAGCAACAAUGUCAAUUUUACAUGGAAUGUGGCACUGUAUCAGGUAUAUAUAAAGAAAGACAUCAUUGCAACUUGCCUCUGAUCAUAUUAUUUGAAAAUCAUAUUCAGAUUUUGACCACCAUGUAACUUUUUAUAAAGUAUUGACAGGAUGUGGGUUAUAACAGAACAAUAUAAGCAAACUAAUUGUGUGUGUUUUUUUUUAAAAUUAGCUAUCUACGUAAUUCAAGUGCAUUAAGAUAUCAGAAGGUUUGUUACCUUCACAUUCCCAAGAUUCUGCAAUCUUGUCCAAGUAUUGGAUAUAUAUUGAAAAUUGAAGAUCAUGAUUCCACCUGAUGAUUUUUGAGCUCCUUAAUAAGAUGAUUCUAUAGAUGAAGACCCUUCCCAGUCACUUGAGCUGUCAGGACAAGUUAUUUUAAACAGACAAGAUUCAAUAAUACAUUUCCAUCUCUUAAACUAGAUAGUCUGUUCAAACAAGUAAUCCGUGAAUCCCGUAGUCAGACACAUGACCAUUAUACUUUUCCAUUUAUUGUUUAAAAUGUCACUAAGAGGUCACUUACCCUUUUUUUAAAACGGUAACAGCAAUGAUCAGCAGAACUCUGCUCAUCAGAUAGGUGCAAAGUAGCUGGACAAUGAACAAAAUGAAAUGUUUCCUUUCCCAAAAGGGCCCAAUGUGAGUCUUAAAAAUUAUGCAACUGAAAUUACAAUGUUUUCAAUUUGACUGUUGUGUGUUGUGAUUUACUGUAUUAAAACUUUUCAUUUUUCUUUAGUUGUAUUGUGGCUCUACACAAUGUAAAGUGCACUUUAAACAAAACAAAUAAAAUGUAAAAAUUGGUCACUG